GCUGUAAAACGAUCUGAAGCUCGCCUCGCCCUGCAGUGAACACGGGAAAGGCAGCGAGGAGCACGGCCCAGCAGCUCGGCAUGGCAGAGCCGACCAAGACACACGUUAUCUUGCUGGCAUGCGGCAGCUUCAACCCCAUCACGAAAGGGCACAUUCAGAUGUUCGAGAGAGCCCGUGAUUACCUGCACAAGACAGGGCGCUACAUUGUGAUUGGGGGAAUCAUCUCACCAGUUCAUGACUCCUAUGGAAAACAGGGCCUUGUCUCCAGUCGACACCGCCUCACAAUGUGUCAGUUGGCUGUUCAGUCCUCUGACUGGAUCAGGGUGGAUCCAUGGGAGUGUUAUCAGGAUACUUGGCAAACAACCUGCAGUGUGCUGGAGCACCACCGGGACCUAAUGAAGAGAGUGACUGGCUGCAUUCUGUCCAAUGUAAACUCUCCGGCUACACCUAUCAUUGGACAGCCACAGAAUGGAAGGCGCACCAUCUACCAGAACACCACAAUCACAAGCAACAAACCCACUGCAGUUCGAAUCCUGGGGAAGGUGAGCGAAAGUCUUGGGAGAAUCUGCUGUGUCCGCCCACACGUUGAACACUUCACCUUUGUGGAUGAAAAUGCGAACCUGGGUACAGCAAUGAGAUAUGAAGAGAUUGAGCUCCGGAUCUUGUUGCUGUGUGGCAGUGAUUUGCUGGAAUCCUUUUGUAUCCCUGGCCUAUGGAAUGAGGAAGAUGUGGAAGUUAUAGUGGGUGAUUUUGGAAUAGUGGUCGUCCCACGUGACAGUGUAGACACAGACAGGAUCCUCAAUCAUUCCUCAAUACUUCGCAAGUACAAGGAUAAUAUACUGGCAGUAAAGGAUGAUACUAAUCACCCAAUGUCUGUUGUGAGUUCUACCAAAAGCAGACUUGCUUUGCAACAUGGUGAUGGACAUGUGGUGGAAUAUUUGAGCCAGCCAGUUAUUGAUUACAUCCUGCAGAAUCAGCUCUACAUCAAGACAUCUGGAUAAAGUUCUGCUGUGAAGACCAGAAAGCACAGCUUACAGUCUCCCUCUCAGUAAAACUGUACCACUGCUCUUCUGCUUACAUGUACAGAGCUUCUCGUGUCUGCCGUUUCCACUGUACAAUCAAAGUAGAAGCACUAUUGACAGAAUGCACUGUGUGAACUGCAUACGACUUAUCAAUGUCUACCCGUGUCUCUUCCUCUGUGCUGCCCAGUUUUGAUUCUUGUGCUAAUCUUCCUAUUAUUCCAGGUUACCAAACAUCAGUAUAACUAUUCCCUCUUUUUUCACUACAGUAGAUUUAUGUAUGUUUCUUUGCAGCAAGUUCCUACCCUCUCUGUGCUGUUUUCAACUUCAACGCAACCUGGUUGUGUGCCUUCUGGGUUUGUGAUCAAGGACUUGCAGUUAGUAGCAUGUCUAUUUCAAAGAACUGCUUCUGUGUUUAAUAAAUGUUAUAUGUUCAAGCAAUCAAUUGUUUUCCUUUGGAACAAAAUAAUUACCUGGACAAUAUUGCAGGUAUUCUUCAUAUCACAAAAAGGAAAACUUAAAAAAAAAUCCAUCAAUGUUUGGAGAAAAAACAAAUUGACAAUAAUAUUAGUCUCCAUCUCAGAAUUAUAUUUUAGUUGCUGUGGUAAAAUAGGCAUAAAAGCAAAAUAAGUAGAACCUCCCUCAAUAUUCAAAAUUAAAGCAAUACUUUGUCCAUGCUUCAUCAGUCUAUUAUCAGUAAACUUUGCCAGGUAUUAAUGGUAAAAUUCAAAUAAGUGUGAUUAAGAUCACACUAAGAUUUAGGUAUGUAUUUAAGUUUCUAUGUAGAAGUAGAAAACACAGAAAAAUAAUCAGAAAUUGUAGGUUCUGCACUGCUUAACAGCUGAUGAUCAAAGAAGUAGCUACAUUUUUUUUACAAAUAAAUUGACUACUAUAAUGUUGGAACACAAAAUGUUCAAGAAAGUUUGAGAAUAGAAUCAUAAUCAUUAAAAUUAUCUGCCUGGUAAGCCACAGCAAUACUUUCACCCUUGGUAGUUAGAAGUUGAAGCAAAGAAGUCUGUGUUCUUUUUUGCUUAACUUAUUUCAUUUACUUACUUUAUGAGUGAGUUAGGAUUAUCUUCCAGCUGUUGUGGUUCCCUCCAUUGCCUAAGUAAUCCAAACAUACAACAUCAGUAACAUUGAGAGUUGACAUCUACUUUACUCCCUGGAUCCAAAUCUUUCAGAUGUAAUGCCUCUUUAACAUGUAAUAAAUUUAAUUUUGUAAAAUGUCAUUGUAAAUUGAGAUUUAUUUUAUUACUCUUUUGUCCAAUUCUGCUGUGGACAUAUUCAUGUUAACUGAUAUUCUCAGAGCAUUGCAUAUUGCAAGAGAUCCAAAAGGUGAUUUUUUUUUAAGACCAGUUCAUCUUAGUAUUGUAGGGAAUUUUUAAUUGUUUUUGAUCCAAGCUCUUUAUGAUUUUAUAAGACUGUAAACGUCUCGGGUUCUAGUUCAAAUUUAUUUUGGCUAGGUUUAGCCCAAUUUGAAACAAUGAUCAGUUUUGGAAGUGUGUCACUUCUGAAGAUGUUGUGAAUCUUAUGAUAAAAAUUUUGAACAAAGUACUGAAAUUAAAAUUAAAAUAAUACAAGAAUGAGUUAUUAUACUCAGUAAGUUGAACACUUUCAGUGGGAAGAAAGGAACAUCAACAAUUCCUUGUCCUCCUCACCGAUGCUAUUUGACCUACUGAGUUCCUCCAGCAGAUUGCCUGUUGCUCCAGAUUUCAGCAUCUGCUGUCUCUUGUGUCUCUAGCUGAUUACUGGAUCUUGCUAUAUUUAAUUAUUUUAUCUUAGCAAUAUCUUCAACUGACAACGGAGAACCUCUUUAACAAAUGUUUUUAUUAUUCUGACCACCAUUGUGUUAAACACACCCUAUCAUUUUAUUACAGGAUCAGCUUACAUUAGCAAUGAGCCUGCUCAUUCAGUCGUCUCUGAAAUGUCGUGCUAUAAAAACUUUACAGAUUUGAAUUGAUGCAGAUUCUUGUCGAAAGUACCCACCUUCUGUUAAUAAUUGCACAAAACUGUCAGAUGUAUCCUUUAAUGUACGGUGUGUGUGACUGAUCUCGUUCAGCAUUGUCUAGUGUCCAUCUCCACUAGUAGUUUAACCUUUAAUGUUGCACGAUUGUCUCUGAUGCUCAGAUACUAGGCACAUGUAAUGAAAGGAUUCUAUAUCAUUUCCAUGAUGCUUUCAUUUUACUGUCAUUCAAGUAUAAUACUAAAGUGAUGUGUGCUCAAUUUACGAGCUGUAAAUUAUCCAAGUGCAUGCUUUCAAGAUUCUCCAGCUAGAUGCCAUUUUUAUGAAAAAAAUUAAACAAAAUAGUUUCUUGCUGGCAUAAUGCUGGCUGAGAUCUAUAUGAAUCCCAUAUCUUUUAAGAAACAAAUUCUAAUUCCUCAAUCUGAAAUCUCAAUGUAAUAACACUUUUCUGUAAAAAGUUAUCAAAAUACCAUUUCUCCUGACCAACAUUACAGUCUUUGUUCACAAAUGAAAUGCAAACAAAAAGUAAAUAGUUUCAUGUAUGGCAAUUCUUUCCCAAGCGCUUGAAAUGUAUUUCUGUUUCUAAAUUGCACUGUUUUAGAAAACAGACUCCACUUUUAUAAUCUUUUUUUCUAUACAAGCCUGAUAUAAUAAUCUAGAAGUUAGAAUUCUUUUUACUAAACUAAUUUGAAUGAUUAGCAGUAUUAUUUGGACCUGGAAAAUGUAUGCUGUUAGUAAAUAAUGCACAAUGGAAUUUGUUAAGUAAAAUUAUAACCUAAUGAGAUGCUGUUACACCCUGGCGUGGGAUAAUUUAACUAUAUUGUUUGGCAACACUCAGCCAGUGAUGUUCUGCAAAAUGAAUCAAGGAAUUUCUACAGAUUAAUUAAGUGAUUCCAAAAAAACCCUUGUAGCCACCACACGUGUAAACCCAACCUCCUCCCCUGUUCUGGUGGUCAUUCAGAGGUCAGUGUGUACAUCUGUAUUAGUUACCCCUUUCUUUAAAUAUACAGUGCAAAUGAGUCAGAUUUAGUCGAUAACAUAUUUUUAUUGUGCUACUGAUAUUUGUGACAUUCUCCUUGAUGUAAUGACUUGAUUGAAAUAUGUGUAGGUGUGAAUCAAUGUGGAAAAAAUGCAUCCAGUGUAAUAUUCAAUAUAUCAUUAAAUUUCUUAAUUAACAACAACCUUUCUCUAUCACUCCAACAUUUAAAGGAGUUUUUGAAUACAGUAUUCACUAGCUAAAAGCUAACAGUUUCCUUGGGUCUGGUUCUGGAUGGCACAAAUGCAUGCAUAAUGCAAUCAGAUGUGUAUAAACUUUUAUGCAGAGUGCAUUCAAGAAACAAAAGGGCAUGCUGCAUAGGAAUAAGCUGUUGACUGUUAUUUAAUGUUUCAGAGCAUUUAGAAAGGAUGCUUGUUUGACAAAAUGAGCUCAAUGAGCGAGAUACCUUCGGACACCUUUUUGAAUUAAGAUGGGCCAAAUCAGCUGUAUCUGUAACUUUUAUGUUAUAUGCCACAUUGUCAUAAUAAGGCAUGGUUAUUGGCUCUCACCUGUCCAUCACACUCUGACAUUUUGCUUCAGGAAUUUCACUAUUGCUUCUAUCAUUGUUAUGAAAGCAAAUCCACUGACCCACUUUAAAUUGUUGGCAGGCAAAAGUGAUAUGGUAAUGGCCUCAAAGCAUAUAAGAUUGAGACUGUUGUGUAGGUGUAAUAUCUUUAACUAAACAAGCCAGGAGUAGCUGAGGGUGGUAUUUAUUCUACAUGAUUAAGCGUGUGGUUGUGCGCUGAGCUGGUGAGCUGUAAUUGAAUUAAAACAGUUGGUGUUUUGUUUUCCUUUCCUAUUUGAUGUGGAACCCAUUAAAUUUUGCACUGUUCACAGCAUGCCACUUACUUGUGUCUGAUCACCGAUUGGGUCGUCUGCACAUUGUUGUCUAGACGUUUUUGGUGAGAGGAUAUGCAUUAACCACUAAGUGACCCCUUAGUAAUCUCACAUAUCUUAAAAUAUGAUUAAUUAUAGAACAUUUCCUGUGUAUUAUCUUUAAUUAUUGAUACUGAAGAUGAUGUGAUGAUGGAUUUAAUAAUCAGAAAUCAAAUAUUCUGUUUUGUGUAUCAUAAACUUUCAAAUUAUUUCUUAAAUUGCUAAUAAAAUUCCUUG